AUGAUAUUGUCAAUCUCUAAGUCUCCCCUCAUAGAUGAAAAUGAUAUUGUCAAUCUCCAGUCUCCACUAAUUAAUGAAAAUGAUAUUGUCAAUCUGCAGUCUCCCCUAAUUGAUGAAAAUGAUAUUGUCAAUCUCCAGUCCCCACUCAUAGAUGAAAAUGAUAUUGUCAAUCUGCAGUCUCCACUAAUUGAUGAAAAUGAUAUUGUCAGUCUCCAGUCUCCACUAAUUAAUGAAAAUGAUAUUGUCAAUCUGCAGUCUCCACUAUUGAAUGAAAAUGAUAUUGUCAAUCUCCAGUCUCCACUAAUUAAUGAAAAUGAUAUUGUCAAUCUGCAGUCUCCACUAAUGGAUGAAAAUGAUAUUGUCAAUCUCCAGUCUCCCCUAAUUGAUGAAAAUGAUAUUGUCAAUCUCCAGUCCCCACUCAUAGAUGAAAAUGAUAUUGUCAAUCUGCAGUCUCCACUAAUUGAUGAAAAUGAUAUUGUCAGUCUCCAGUCUCCACUAAUUAAUGAAAAUGAUAUUGUCAAUCUGCAGUCUCCACUAUUGAAUGAAAAUGAUAUUGUCAAUCUCCAGUCUCCACUAAUGGAUGAAAAUGAUAUUGUCAAUCUCCAGUCUCCACUAAUGGAUGAAAAUGAUAUUGUCAAUCUCCAGUCUCCCCUAAUUGAUGAAAAUGAUAUUGUCAAUCUCCAGUCUCCACUAAUUAAUGAAAAUGAUAUUGUCAAUCUGCAGUCUCCACUAAUUAAUGAAAAUGAUAUUGUCAAUCUCCAGUCUCUACUAAUGGAUGAAAAUGAUAUUGUCAAUCUCCAGUCUCCCCUAAUUGAUGAAAAUGAUAUUGUCAAUCUCCAGUCUCCACUAAUUAAUGAAAAUGAUAUUGUCAAUCUGCAGUCUCCACUAUUGAAUGAAAAUGAUAUUGUCAAUCUCCAGUCUCCACUAAUUAAUGAAAAUGAUAUUGUCAAUCUGCAGUCUCCACUAAUGGAUGAAAAUGAUAUUGUCAAUCUGCAGUCUCCACUAAUGAAUGAAAAUGAUAUUGUCAAUCUGCAGUCUCCACUAAUUAAUGAAAAUGAUAUUGUCAAUCUCCAGUCUCUACUAAUGGAUGAAAAUGAUAUUGUCAAUCUCCAGUCUCUACUAAUGGAUAAAAUUGAUAUUGUCAAUCUCUAAGUCUCAACUAAUGAAUGAAAAUGAUAUUGUCAAUCUCUAAGUCUCCACUAAUGGGUGAAAAUGAUAUUGUCAACAAUGAUGAUAUUGUAUUCUGGACAAGGACAUCUGCUUCUCUCGUAAAAGAAGAUGCAAAAUACAUUACGAAAUUCUCAGCAUGGAGCAUAAUGGAUUAGUUGAUUGAAACAAGAACCAUCUUGGACACAAAAGUAAGUCAGAGUUUAUUUAUCUUUCUUAAAACGUAUAAAGUAUACAAUAAGGUACAAUUCCCAUAUAGCUGAAUAAAGUUGAAUCAAUAGAUGUCACUAGGCAUUAUUUGGUUUGGCCAGACUGC